GUGGAAUCAAAGAUCUUUCAAAGAGAGUGCACCUUAGGUAUCGGGUUUCGGGCUCAGGCCUUCCUUACUACGGAGGGAAUUUAUCAAUUCUGAUCCCUGGCCCAAAUGCUUCUAACCCAAAACAAAAACAAAAUAAAAAAUCUGACUAGAAAAAUGAAUAAAAUAUUUUUGCAUACUAAAAAACAAAAAUAUUUAUGGUUUUGGCUAUAAAGGUUUGGUUCAUAACUUCAAGGCAAAUUUACAAGCUGUCUUGGUCAACUUGGAGGACAAUAAUGGGGUCCACGUAUUCCCUUUAUCAGAUCAACGGCUGAUCUGUCCCCACGAUCCAACCAGAUGUGCCUUUGAUCAUCACAUUUUCUUCAUGGCUCAUCUUCCUCCACGAUUCAUCAUUUAAAACCGUCGAUUGUCUAAAGAUCUGAUGGCUCCACUUGACUCAUCUCUUUCCUUAGAAAGUCCCUCACUGUGCGUCCCGCUUUUUUUUUUUUCCCUUUCUUCGAAGUUAGAAUCUCUACGGAAGUAAGGAAAAUGCAGGAACAAGCGACUAGUUCUUUAGCUGCGCCUGCGAGCUCUCUACCAUCAAGCAGUGAGAGAUCAUCAAGCUCUGCUCCGCCUUUAGAAAUCAAAGAAGGGAUGGAGAGCGACGAGGAGAUACGGAGAGUGCCGGAGUUCGGAGGAGAGAUCACCGGAACGGAAAACUCCGGUCGGAAUUCGAUUCCGGCAACUGGUCAGGAGCAGAUUCAGGCAACGGCCGGAGAAAGACAGAGGAAACGAGGAAGGAGCUCCGCUGAUAAAGAGAACAAACGGCUAAAGAGGUUGUUGAGGAACAGAGUUUCAGCUCAACAAGCAAGAGAGAGGAAGAAGGCUUAUUUGAGUGAAUUGGAGAGUAAAGUGAAAGACUUGGAGAACAAAAACUCUGAACUUGAAGAAAGACUUUCAACUUUGCAGAACGAGAACCAAAUGCUUAGACAUAUUCUGAAGAACACAACGGCUAAUAAGAGGGGAAGCAGUAGACAGUAGUGGUGGUACUAAUCCGGAGUCUUGACGCAAGUGUUGGAUAUUCUUCUUGUUUUUUUUUUUUCUUAAUUGUUGUGUAUAAUAUUUACAGAACAUGCUGAAAAGAGGGUUAAUCACUUAAUUGGUCUAAUAUGAUCAAACUAAUAAACUGAAAAAUCCCAAAUUAAUAUAAACAGUCUGGAACAUUUACUAGUAUAAUCAAACAAAUUAUUUAUUCG